CAAGUGACACGACACAGUCUGGAAAGGACAGCAACGUUUGGUGAGGUGCGACACUUUCCUGCUUUGGGGCACGGAGGUGAGGAACGAACUCUGACAGUCGCUUGCCCCACUUUUUGGUGAUCACGUGAUCCAUGCACGCCACUCUUGAUGCUGGUCUGUAGUACUGUGAGUAUUACCGAGGCUUUGAGAGAAGAACGCGCGCGACUGGGCUGCAAACUCAUCGUGGCGUGACACUCCAUUCGGAAGCAAGCUCGGAGACAUCGUCACAAUCGUUGCCAUCGUCAUCAAACGCAUUUUACUGGACGCCGGACUACGGUCUUCAGCAAAGAUUCUUCAUUGUGCGCGCCUUGCCGACAUUUGCAAUGAAGACGCCGGUGCUGAUGCCGAUGCUGUUCCCACUUGUCGUGUUGCUGUCGUGCUGCGGUCCCUCACUAGGGUAUUCUACAGGUCCGCCGACAUCGGCCUGCACCGACAUGUACCCGGAAGGGCACAAUGCUGAUGCCCAGACCACCAUCCUUCCGUUUGAACUCUUAGUCAGCAACACAACAUUCACACCUAAUGCAAAGAUUGUGGUUACGUUGCAGGUCAAGUCUUCAAUGCCGACCAUGUUCUUCAAAGGAAUGUUCGUACAGGCCCGCCUUGCUGGGAAUUGUAGCAACACUUCCCCUGUCGGCACUUUCUCCAUCCCUACAGGUGACACCUACCUGCAGCUACUGUCCUGUGGUCAAUUAUCUAGCUCAAUAUCCCACAAGAACUCCUUAGUCCAGAUUCACUCGAAAAACUUUACCUGGACUGCACCGUCCACUGCCACUGGCCGCAUCUUCUUCAGGGCGACCGUGGUGAAGAGCAAACAGGAGUUCUGGACUAACGUCUUCUCCCCCUACGUCAAGCCUGUGUCAGACACGAGUAGUCCGCCCACAACAGGCUGUGAGGUGCGUAAGACCCUCGUACAGACCUCGACACCAGCAUCAUCCAGCUAUAAGACAUCAUCGACAGUGUCGUCGAGUACAAGGGUGUCAUCGACACUGACGACGAGGACAACGACGAGGCUAACGACGAAAAGAACAACAUCGCUAUACACGUCAGGCACAUCGAUUAUCUCCCCUGCGCGGCUGCUGGCGGCUGUGGCUUGUGUUAUCGCUCUUGCUGCAAGGGUCUGAUGUCGCAAGGCAUCUUUGAGCUGGAAAAAAAUUUGAAUUUGUCUCUUGUUUUUACUUAUGGGUACUUUUAACGGUGUGCCUUCAACUUUAGCUGCCUGCUGAAAUAUGUUUGCUGUCAUAGUCAAAUGAAUAUGCUAGAAGUUAUAAAAUAACGGAUUUAAAAAAAUUGUGUAUUUAAUUCUUUACAUUCUCAUUAAGUUUUCAAAUAAAAAGAAAAUGAGUGGCGACAUUUUGAAUUGCCGUAGGCAUAGGUUUCUUUCCUGAUUAUCGUCUGCCUGUAAAUAGCAAGAUUAUUCUGUGUACAUAAAUGGUUUGAAAUGAUAUAACAUUUGAAACAAAAAUUUACUUUCUUUCAUACCUGUAUAUCAUCUUUUCGAAAUAUCUAGUGUGUCUGUGCAGCUAUCGUUGUUACCAUUCGAUUCACUGGGCAUGUUCGCUUCUUUACAUAGACAUUAUUAUUAUUGUUGUUGUUAAAAUUUUUUAUUCUUAUUUUUGACGCAUUGGUGAGGGGAGGAGAGUUUUCCAGUAGGGAGAUUCAGACACGGAACACUACUAUUUGUGUGGGAACAAGAACAGCACAAGAAAAAGAGAAAAAGUCUGUACUGUGGACUCCAGGUUAAGUAAUAUAGCAAUUGAUGAUUAUUAAAAUACGAUCGAAAGAAAUAUCCCACGGAGACGAAUUGACCAUAAAACUGAGCUUCGUCUAAAAAUAAAAAAAAGGAUGAAGACACAUCUACUGUCCACACUUACAUGAAUUUUUUUGCAAUCCUGUAUAUUUGUAAAUUGCUAUUGCUAUUGGUUAUUCACGUACUGUUGACUUCUAAUAGAAAGGCCUUGUUUUAAUCAAACAUUAUAUGAUAAAAAAUCCACUAGUAUAAAAGAAAUAAUG